UCUGUGGUCGGUUGUCUUUUUUUUAAAUCAAAUUGUUUCUUCCUCGUGUUUUACCCAGCUUUGUUCACCGGUUUUAAUUCUGAUUAUCCUAUAAAUCUAUAAAUAAUGGCUGCAAUUAGUUUACUUAACCCCAAGGCUGAACUUGCCCGUGCUUCACAAGCUCUGGCUGUUAACAUUUCAGCAGCAAAAGGUAUUCAAGAUGUGAUGAGAACUAACCUCGGGCCGAAAGGUACCAUGAAAAUGCUGGUAUCCGGCGCUGGUGACAUCAAGAUCACGAAGGACGGCAACGUGCUCCUGCACGAGAUGCAGAUCCAGCACCCGACGGCGUCGCUGAUCGCGCGCGCGUCCACGGCGCAGGACGACGCCACCGGCGACGGCACCACCUCCACUGUGCUGCUCAUCGGAGAGCUGCUGAAGCAGGCUGAUAUCUACAUCAGUGAAGGCUUGCACCCAAGGAUCCUCACAGAAGGUUUUGACCUGGCCAGAGCUAAGGCUCUGGAGGUACUCGAGACACUCAAGAUCCCCAUUGAGAUCAAGAGAGAGAACCUGUUGGAAGUGGCCCGCACUUCUUUGAAAACUAAGGUGCACCACUCCCUAGCGGAGCUGCUGACGGACGCGUGCGUGGACGCGGUGCUGACCAUCCGCACGCCCGGGCGCCCCGUCGACCUGCACAUGGUGGAGCUCAUGGAGAUGCAGCACAAGACUGCCACCGAGACCGUGCUGGUUAAAGGCCUGGUGAUGGACCACGGCGCGCGGCACCCCGACAUGCCCAAGCGGCUGGAGAACGCCUACAUCCUCACGUGCAACGUGUCGCUCGAGUACGAGAAGACGGAGGUCAACUCCGGCUUCUUCUACAAGUCCGCCGAGGACCGCGAGAAGCUCAUCGCGGCUGAGAGGGACUUCAUCGACCAGAGGGUCAGGAAGAUCAUCGCACUCAAGAAGAAGGUGUGCGACGGCACGGACAAGUCGUUCGUGCUGAUCAACCAGAAGGGCAUCGACCCGCUGUCGCUGGACGCGCUCGCCAAGGAGGGCAUCAUGGCGCUGCGCCGCGCCAAGCGCCGCAACAUGGAGCGCCUGGCGCUGGCGUGCGGCGGCUCCGCGCUCAACUCCGUCGACGACAUCGCCGAGGACUCCCUAGGCUAUGCUGGACUCGUCUACGAACACAUCCUCGGCGAGGAGAAGUUCACCUUCGUCGAGGACUGCAAGAACCCGCAGUCCGUCACCAUCCUCAUCAAGGGCCCCAACAAGCACACGCUCACGCAGAUCAAGGACGCGGUCCGUGACGGGCUGCGCGCCGUCAACAACGCCAUCGAGGACCAGUGCGUGGUGCCCGGCGCCGGCGCCUUCGAGGUCAAGGCCAACACCGAGCUGCUCAAGUACAAGGACACCGUCAAGGGCAAGGGCCGCCUCGGUAUCCAGGCGUAUGCUGAAGCCCUCCUUGUCAUCCCCAAGACCCUGGCGGUGAACUCGGGGUACGACGCGCAGGACACCAUCGUGAAGCUGCAGGAGGAGUGCCGGCUGAGCCCCGACCCGGUGGGGCUGGACCUCAGCACGGGCGAGGCCAUCAAGCCCACGGACCUCGGCGUGCUCGACAACUACAUCGUCAAGAAGCAGAUCCUCAACUCGUGCUCGGUCAUCGCGAGCAACCUCCUCCUUGUGGAUGAGAUCAUGCGUGCCGGCAUGAGCAGCUUGAAGGGAUAAUAGCUGCUUUGUUAUGUCUCAAAUAAAAUGCCUUAUUCGCUUAGUAUUAAUAUCUAUUAUUUUCUCAUUGAUGAGUUAACAAGAUGCAUUUAAACUGCGUUAACAAUGUUUUAAGUUGGAGUACUUGUACACAAAUGUAUUUCGGUAUCUGCACUAAUGUGAUUAAUUUUAAAUAUAUUUCAACUAACUAUGUA